CCACCACCACCAGCCAAGCGAGGAAGGUCAAGUUCUCGUAAUACGCGGAUGUCAACAAGGGCAGUUUCGUCAUUCCGGCUAGGACACCUCCACUACCACCCCCACACUACUCCGCUGUACAGUGCCAAAAUCCAUGGUGUUUGUCUCUCAGUGCACGGCGAGACGACGCCAGCGCAGCAGCAGCAGCAGCAGGCAAGAGACAGACUUCACCGAAAUACCGGUCACUAAAACCCAAUCUUCCCUCCCACUGCAAAUGUGAGAGAGUGAGUGUCUUCUGUUCUCUUUCUCUUCUCUUUUCUUCUCCUUCCUCGUUUUCUCUCUGCUCUGUGCACUUCCCGCAUACCUCCAAAUUCCCAUUUCACGAAGAGAGAGCAACGAAGGUGAGAGAUGAACAGAUUCAUUCCUUUUUCUCAGCAGAACUCAACAACAAUGCUUCCUCUCUCCUUCCUCCAUGGAUUUUGACGUUUCCCCUUCUCCCUCUCACCUCUUUCAUCUUUACCCAUCUCUGUAUUACAAUUAGAAAUAAUAAUAAAUAACAGCAGUGUUAAGAAAAAGCCGAGUUGAAAACUGUGCAGCCGUAUUUGCAUGGAGAGAAGAUAAAAAUCGUUUGUCCCACCACCACCAAUUCCCUGAAUUUCACCCUCGUUUGUUAAAAAAAAAAAUGUUUUUGUGGCUCUUCCAAUUUUCAUUCAUACUCCAUUGCUUCCUGCCGGCAGGUAGCCUCUACUUCUCUUUCGCCUGAUUCCGGCGACGGAGACAUUAAUGGUAGGAAAAGGGCAGCUGAAGCCAGAGCUUGGGCAAAUCUGUUUCUGAUCUCCCCGUCGUCGCGUGGAUGCAGUUCCUGCCCAUCUAACCCAGGCUGGAAGCCCUGGAAUCGGUUCAGAUCAAAAUUACCUCAUCUUCACUUCUCGUUGCCAUCAUGCGGUAGCGGGAGUUCAGGGAGCUUCUUAAAAAUACCCAACUCCCAGCCGAUUCUGUUAGACGUCAGUGGAUUAGAUUCUAUACCGGCGAGGAAGGAUGUCUGCUUGGGGUAAUUUUGGGGAGAUUGCGAAUGUGGCCCAGGUCACUGGUCUGGAUGCAGUGCGGCUAAUUGGGUUGAUAGUCAAAGCCGCCAGCACAGCCAGGAUGCACAAGAAGAACUGCAGACAGUUUGCUCAGCAUCUCAAGUUGAUUGGGGGCUUACUGGAGCAGCUUAAGAUCACUGAGCUUAAGAAAUAUCCUGAAACAAGGGAGCCGCUGGAACAGCUUGAGGAUUCACUGAGGAGAUCGUACAUUUUGGUGAAUAGCUGUCAGGACAGAAGCUAUCUCUACUUGCUUGCCAUGGGUUGGAACAUAGUUUACCAAUUCAGGAAGGCGCAGAAUGAGAUUGAUCGGUACUUGCGGUUGAUUCCUCUCAUCACACUCGUGGACAACACUCGAAUCAGGGAGAGACUUGAAGAUAUUGAGAGGGAUCAGCGCGAGUACACAUUGGAUGAAGAGGAUAGAAAGGUUCAAGAUUUGAUCUUGAAAUCUGAGUCCGUCAAAGAUCAAACUACCGUGUUGAAAAAAACUCUUUCUUGUUCGUACCCAAACAUGUGUUUUAAUGAAGCUCUGCAAAAGGAAAGUGAGAUGCUACAAGUUGAGCUACAGAGAUCACAAGCUAAUAUGGAUGUGAACCAAUGUGAGGUUAUCCAACAUCUGCUUGAAGUUACAGAAGUUGCAGCAGCAAAUGUUGUGCCUGAAAGGAGUUCACCCAAGAAGGCUUCAAAGAAAUCGGAGCCUGAUUUCUCAGAUAUGAACGAGAAGGAACAUACAUUUGAUGAGAGCUAUCCAAGGAAAAGUGACUCUCGUACCACCUCAAGAAACACGUCCUCAGUUUCUUCUAGGAAAGACUUGCUGUCCCGAAGAGGUUCCAGUCUGGAUGAAGAAUGGCACUCCGAUUUGCUUGGUUGUUGUUCAGAACCUUUACUGUGUAUGAAAACAUUCUUUUACCCAUGUGGCACAUUCUCAAAGAUAGCAACUGUAGCAUCAGGCAAUCACAUGUCAUCAGCAGAAGCAUGCAACGACCUGAUGGCGUACUCAUUAAUUCUUUCAUGUUGCUGUUACACCUGUUGUAUUAGAAGGAAGCUCCGCAACUUGUUCAACAUCUCUGUAAUACCCCCUACAAGCUCUCCUCGUGAUCCACACGAGUUAAUCCUCGAGUUUUGGUGUAGGUUUGUGAUUGAAAGAACGUGUACCCUUCUGACAUUUAGGUUCCUUGUCUUCAGGGUGGUUUCAUUGACGAUUUUCUCUCACAUUUGAUGUGCUGCUGCUGUGCCCUUGUCCAAGAAUGGCGAGAAGUUGAGGCUCGAGGUGCUUAUGAUCCUCAUAAGACAAAAAUGAGGCCUCCACCCACGCAAUCGAUGGAAUCCUAGGAGGGUAUGGAUUCUGCAUUUGUUUGGUUGCUGCAUCAAGGUGUCCAUACAACCGUGAAAGCCAAUAUAACAUAGGCAAUGAAUCGGCUGCUUGCCGCCAUAUACCUGGAGUUUUACCUUGGUUCUACUUCUGUUCAUAAUCCCUUUUUACAUGCAGGAUUGGCAGUUUGUAAAGUAGCUAUAAGAACAUUUUUAACCUCCAGCACAUCAUGUACCAUAUACUAGAAGUUGUUUGGAAUCAUAUAGGGUUUGCCUCGAUACAUCUUGUUCCUUAUUUGCUACUCGUGAUUUAAAUA